CGGAGCGAAGGGAUGCUCAGAAGGGAGAUGGACAAAUACUGAAAAGGCGAUUGCUCAUGAUGCUCAUGGACCACCUCCUCCUCCUCUCAACUAAACACCGAUCCUCAAACGGUGUCGAAGCUGCUACUCAUCACUUAUUCAUGCCCCCCUCCCUCCUUCCUCUCCUCGCCUCAUCUGCGCCUCCCUGGCCCCUUCUGUUAUGGGAAGUGGAGGAGCAAGGGUUGUUCUCCGGUUCCCCAGCCGUCCCCCGCCUCUUCUGUCCCCGGAAAACCAGCGGCUCAUUGGAUUCUAGCAGGAGGAGCUCUGAAGGAGGCGAAGGGAGGGAGCGGAGCUGCAAGCGUGAGGUCGGUCGUGGAAGAGAUGGGAAGCCACUCUCCUCUUCCACCUUCAGCCUAGCCGCUUUAAAAAUGCUUGGGAUUGCACAGCAAAGCCCACAACCGUCUCACGUCCUCCUGGCUCUGGGUAAAGGCUUCGCGGGCUUCGCUGGGGGAGCCAUGGUGAGGCGGCCGCCGCCGCUACUGCUGCUGCAGCUACUUCCAGUAACCUGAUCCAGCCCCAAAGACAUCGGUGUGGUACGUCGGCUUGACGACAGGGUCAGAAAGCCCAGGCAGGGAGCCGUCGCCGCCGACGCCAAAACACACCCAAGCAAAAGUGAUUCUGUAGGAAGCUAGGCAUGGUGGAUCCGGUGGCGGAUACGAGCGAGGAGAAUUGCACGGACUCUGGGGAUGCAGAAGCAGGUGGAGAAGAGGCCCCGGCGGCGGCGGCGGCGGCGGCGACUCCAGCAACAACAGCAGCAGCAGCCUCCCCGGCCGCGGGUGCUGCAGCUCAGCCGCCAGCGGCGCCGCCUGUUGAAGAGUCGGGGAAACUCCGCGAAGAGUCGCCGAUGCUGCACCUGGACCUGUACAACUUCGACUGCCCGGAGGCGGAAGGCAGCCGCUACGUGCUCACCAGCCCUCGCUCGCUGGAAGCCUGCGCCCGCUGCGCCGUCAAACCGGUGGAGCUGCUGCCCAGGUUGCUGAGCGAGCUGGUGAAGGAGGCUCCGGGCAGAUCCAUGCGGGUGGCAGCCGGCCUCUACGAAGUCUACGAGAUGGACCGGCAGAGGAAGCUGCAGCAGUGCAGGGAGGAAAGGGAAAGGAUUAUCCGCGAGGAGAAGAGGCGGCUCUUCACGCCCCUGCUGAUUGGCAGCCUCCCUUCCUCGCCGGCGUCCCGGAUCUCUUUCAAAAGCACGGUGGUCAAUGGGAGCUGCACUCCGGCGGGCCAGCCCAACGCUGGCUGCCCCCCUCCCCACUCAGGCACCAGGACCAAGAAGAGCUACUCCCUGGACUCCUUGCAAAAGAGGAGGGAGGGCUUAUCCACAAAAACCUCCUCCGACUCGGGGGCAUCUUCGUCCUUCAGUGGAGACAGCUUUAGGGACAAAUGGCCCAAGGAGUUGCCCAGCACUAGGACGGUGGCUACCAUGGUGGGCCGAAGUUUCAGCUUGGGGGACCUAUGCCAUUCCCCCCAGACCACCAAGAAAGUGGAGAGGAUAGUCAAGGAGGUGAAGAAGAAGAAAGGCCUCAAGGUGGUGUCGGAGAGGGACCGGAAGAUUGCCGCCCUGAUGAUAGCCAAGCACCAGGAGGAGAGCAUCUUGAAUGAGCAGAGGUACAGCGCCCACCUCCAGUGGGACAUCCAGAGGAGGCAAGCUGAGCAGAGGAGGGAGCAGGAGGAGAAGCAGAAGCAGAGGGCCUUGCUGCAGUGCCAGAGGAUGUGGGAGACCAAGCAGGAGAAGCGGCGUUGCAAGCUGACUCAAGAACAGCAGGAAGCUGCCCUGCUGAGGCAAAAGCAGAAGUUAGAGGGGGAGGAGAAAUGGCAAGAACUGAUGGAGAAGAAGGAGAAAAUUAGAAGAGAGAAGCUGGAGAAGGCCGCCCUUGAAGACAAGCACAAGAAGCGUCACCAAGAGCACAACUUGAAGGCACAGGAGGAGGGCAAGAAAGAGGCCCUUGAACGAGAGGUGCAGCUGCUACAAGAGAAGAUGUCCUUGGCUGCCCAGAAGAAGCUUAGGAAGGAGCAGCUGCUGCUGAGGGAGAAGAAGCUGCUCAACGAAGCCGAGAAGCGGAAACAUGAGGCCACCCUCAAAGACCUGGCCAGGCAGGGGGCUGAGGAAAAGGCCCUGCUAAAGGCUUCCGUGGAAGGGAGCUUGAACAAGGCUCAAGAGAAUUAUGAGCAGCUCAUUGAGAAGAGGAACCAGGAUUUGAGGGAGAAAGCAAGGCGGGAGGAAAUGCAGUUUCAGAGGGUCAGGGUAGCAGCAGGGAGGAGGGAAAGGGAUCAGAAGGAGCACCUGGAGGCCAUGGCCAAAGCUACAGAGAGGAAACUCCAGCAUGCUGCUCAAGUGGCUGAGGAGGUUGUCCAGCAGAAAGCCCGUAAAGUGGUCCAGAGCCGGCUAGAAAAGGAGAAGGUGCAGAAAGUGAACAAGAGGAAGGUAGAGCAGUGUGAAGAUACCCGGCGCAGGGAGAUCCUUCUCUCUAUUGAGAAAAAGCUAGAACGGAGUGAACAGAUUUGUAAGGAGAAGAAAAAUGUCUUGGAAAAUGCUAGGUCUGUUGCUCGGGCAUCGUUCCAUGUCCGGGAAAAGGUACGGGAAGAGAUGAACCUGCGCACCUUUGACAAGAUGGCCAUGGAGGCAGAAUUGCAGGCCAGCCUAGCUAAAAAAUAAAAGGUCUUUCUAUUUCAGGUUAAGCGAGGAUAUAUCUUCUGAUGCCCACUGUCAAAACUUCAUCCCCUUUGUUUUUAUAUAAAAAGACCUUAUUUAUUAUUUGGGGGGAGCACAAAAACUCUGGCAGCUACUUCAUAGACCUUUUUCAACAUGCUUUUGUUAUACAUAUUCAAAUAUCUGUUUCAUCCAUCCCUGAACAGAAAAAAGGAUGUAUCCCAUUCUUUACUGAACAGUUGUGUACAAGCAACAAAGCAGGGGCAAACAUAUUUUAUACAGCUGAGUGCUACAGUAAAAAAAAAAAACUUCCUAAAAAGCCCUUUUCAGUUUUUCCUCCCCAGAUAAUCAAACAGGUUCAUUGUUACAUACCUAAAAAUUAAUGUGGAUGGUGUUCAUUUGGAUCAGGCUGCAGCGUUGCAUGCUGGAACUUGUAGUAUCUUAUACUAUGUGUCCAUAUAUAAGAAGAGUUUUAUUUUAUAGAAUGCGAUAUAGUGUUUGGCCCAUACAGUGCACUUUAUCCAUACUGUUGGAGACACUGAGUCCCAUAACAAAUUAUUUUGACAAAAACACAGGUGAAAUUCAGAUUAGCCCUGAUCACAUGACACAAAUACAAUGUUCAAAAACCCCAAUUAAAAUAAAAUUAUAAACACUUUGAA